AUGCUUGAGGGUCUUGUUUCGAACCUGCUCAACAGGUUCUUGGGCAUGUAUGUCCAGAACUUCGAUCCCAAGCAGCUCAAUGUCGGCAUUUGGUCAGGUGAUGUCAAGCUGAGAGAUCUUGAGCUCCGUCGGGAAGCUCUCGACCAGCUGCGGCUACCCCUCAAUGUUGUGGAGGGACACCUGGGCUCCCUCACACUUUCCAUCCCGUGGUCGAACCUGCGUGGGAAACCGCUGAAGGUGCAGAUCGAGGAUGUCUUUCUGCUGGCAGCGCCGAAGGAGGAUGCCGACUACGACGCAGAAGAAGAAGAGCGCCGUGCACACGCUGUGAAAAUGGAGAAGCUGGACAGCGCAGAGCUAUUGAAGGAGCGUAACACAGAAGGCAUGAGCGCCGAAGAACAGCAGAAGAACCAAAGCUUCACUGCGAGCAUGGUGACCGCUAUCGUGGACAACGUCCAGGUCACCAUCAAGAACAUCCACAUCCGAUACGAAGACUCGAUAUCAGACCCCGGGCAUCCCUUCGCUCUGGGAAUUACCCUCGCCGACUUCAGUGCUAUCAGCACAGACGAGAACUGGAAGCCGACUUUCAUCCAGGGCACUGCCGUCUCGACACACAAGCUGGCAACACUGGGUUCGCUGGCAGUAUACUGGGACACCGAUGCGAAGCUUCUCGGCACCGGGAAAGGUAGUGACACCAGGGAUGAGCAGCACAUCGACCAUUCCGAGUUCAUCGAGACUCUCCGCGAUAUGAUUACAAGAGGCGACAACCCUGAGCUUGGUGACCAUCAGUUCAUCCUCAAGCCUAUCAGCGGCCGCGCAGGACUUGAGAUGGACAAGACGGGCAAGUCUGACCGACCAAAGAUGAAGGCCCGCCUGCUUUUCGACGAGCUAGGUUUCAUUAUCGACGAAGACCAGUACCGCGACGCAUUGAUGUUGGUCGACCUGUUCCAUUAUUUCAUCAGACACCAGGAGUACAAGAAGUUCCAACCAAAGUCAUCGCCGAAAGAAGACCCUGCUGGGUGGCUGCGCUUUGCCGGCCAGGCCGUCCUCGACAAGAUCCACGAUCGCAACAAGAGGUGGAGCUGGGCAUACUUCAAGGAGCGCCGAGACGAUCGCCUCCGCUACAUUGAGCUAUUCAAGAAAAAGAAGAAGGAAGAGAAGCUCGUGCCGGCCGAAGCUGAAGAGAUUGACAAGCUUGAGAGAAAGCUGACAUACGAAGACCUUCGGUUCUGGCGGUCUCUGGCUCGUAACCAGCUCCGCAAGGAGAACGUCGGUGUUAAGAAGGCGCCGCAGAAGCAGGGCUGGGGCUCAUGGAUCGGCUGGGGUGCCAAGCAGGAAGAGCACACCGACGACAACACCCAAAUGACAGAAGAGCAACGCAAGGAGCUCUACGAUGCGAUUGACUGGGAUGAGAAGAAAGCUAUAACAGAGUCUGUUGACAUGCCUCGCGAGUACGUCAAGAUGGAGGUCAACAUGAGCCUCCGCACCGGCAGCUUUACUCUCAAGCGCGACCCGCAUGGCAAAUCGAAUGAAAUCCUCCGCCUGCUCUUCGAUGGUUUCAGUACACAGUUCCUACAACGCACAGACUCGAUGUUUGUAAAGCUCGCUCUCGAAGGUAUGCGCUUGUACGACGGCACAACAGAGGGCAGUCUCUUUCCUCAAGUCAUCACAAUCAAGGAUGCACCCCCAGUGCCUGACAACAAGCGCAUUGAAGAGCUCGAUGAUGACGAGAAUGAGAAGAAGGAGGAUGACGCAGACGAGGACGAAGACAUUGAAGACCCGUUCUUCUUCCUCACUUUCGAACAAAACCCCCUUGACGACAGCGCAGACACUGCUCUGACGGUUAAGCUGAAGGGUAUGGAAUUCGUCUACAACCCCAGAUUCGUGGUGGAAACCGCGAAGUUCUUCAAGCCCCCGGAGCGGCACAUGGAGUCUAUUGGAGCGCUUAUGGAAACUGCCGGCGCAACUGUUGACACCAUUCGGCAGCAGACUCGCGCUGGCCUCGAGUUUGCACUGACCGAGCACAAGACUAUCAACGCACAGCUGGAUCUGCAGGCGCCCCUAAUCAUCAUCCCAGACUCUGUUACGAAGAAGUCUAGCAACUGUUUGAUCCUCGAUGCCGGUCAUGCAAGCGUAACAAGCGAACUCAUCGACAAGGACACAUUGCGCGACAUACAGUCAAAACAGCAGCAACAGUAUACCGAGGAAGACUUCAGGCAGUUGGAAAGUUUGAUGUAUGAUAAGUUCACACUCAAGCUGCAAUCGACCCAAGUACUCAUUGGACCCUCGAUUGAGGAGACAAAGGCUCAGCUUGAGGAGAAUGCAACAUCGAAGAACUUCCACAUCGUCGACAAGAUCAACAUGGACUUCAAGGUUGAGCUGUGUAUCGUCCCGAAGGCAUCCGACCUUGCGAAAUUCCGCGUAUCCGGAAACCUUCCUGUGCUCCAUGCGUCAAUAUCUGACGCCAAGUACAAGAACUUGAUGAAGCUCAUCGAUGUUGCAAUCCCGAAAUUCGGCGAUGAUAGCACAAGCAAGCAAGUCACCGAAGGCGCGAAGGGUCCGUCGAAUCUCAAGCCGGCCGAUGCGAAAGCGUCAGAUAAGGGACGACCACGCUCCAAAUCGUUCCAGUUCGCUGCUCAGGAACAUGAGCUUGUCAUGGCGGAAGACCAAGAUGAGGACUCUACCGAAAAGUUCGAGGAUGCUCGUGAAGCUGCGAACACGAACACGCACGUGCACCAGCGCAACUUCGAGUUCAAGUUCACAGUGGACAAAUUGCAGGGUUCGCUUUACAGGACAGACUCUGAAGGACGAAAACCCGACCAGCUGCUUGUCGAGCUCAUUGCGGAGAAUUUCGACCUUGACUUCUACCAAGAGCAGUUCGAGAUGGGCGCUGACGUCCGCCUGAGGAGCUUGGCGGUCGAAGACCAUGUUGAGGAGAACCCUCUACCGGAGUUCCGCAACAUUAUCUCUUCUGAAGACGAUUCUGCGGAUGAGCAGAAGGACCUGUUCUCGCUGAAGUUCACAAAGGUCAACAAGGACUCGCCAGAGUUCCAGACAAAAUUCGAGGGUAUCGCUACGAACCUCGAUGUCCAUGUCUCGACCAUCAACCUGAUCGUUACGAGAAAAACUUUGUUGACGCUUCUCGACUUCGUUCUCAUCACGUUCACAAAUCCAGAUCAGCCUCAGAAUCAGCAGGCCCAGAUCGCCGCAAAGCCCGACGAACAGGAGGUAGCAAAGCAAUCUGACGCUGAGCCAGAUAAGAUCCGCAUCCGCGCUGAGCUGAAGCGUAUUGCGGUGGUACUGAACAAUGACGGGAUACGCCUGGCCACGUUGAGUCUGGACUCCGGUGAUGUUGGGAUCAUGCUCAACGGCGGCACAAUGCGCAUCGGUGGACGACUUGGCAACCUGUCGCUCAUCGACGACGUCAACCAAGGUGUUCCGGAAACAUCUUCGCUGCGCCAACUUGUCACGAUCGAGGGCAAGAAUCUCGCAGACUUCAGCUACGAGACAUUCGACUCAAAAUCGGAGAGCUACCCCGGCUACGACAUGUCCGUAGCACUCAAGACCGGCUCCAUCAAGAUCAACUUCCUCACCGAGCCUUUCCGGAAGAUCAUGGAGUUUGCUGUCAAGUUUGGCAAGAUGCAAGCUAUUUUCAACGCAGCUCGCCAAGCUGCGGCAAAUCAAGCAACUCAGAUUCAGCAGAACCCUGCGAAAUUCCACUUCGACAUCACGAUCAGCACGCCAAUUGUUGUAUUCCCACGGAUGGUGAUCUCGGACAAGCCCGAUCGUGAUACCUUGACAGCGAACCUGGGUGAGAUUUACGCCAAGAACGAAUUCACAGCCCUGGACGACUCGGAGGAUGCCGACAUUGGCAACAAGAUCUCUGCUGGUAUCAGGAACAUCAAGCUCACCUCAAACUUGCAUUACGGGGACGACCGUUCGGAGGCGCUCGAGCUCAUUGACAAGGUUGAUCUUGACUUCAACAUCACCAUGGUCGAGCAUAAAGCUGGUCAACACCGGCCGGACAUGGAAAUUGAUGGAUCCAUGUCAGACAUCAACUUGCGUCUCACUCCAGAGCAGAUGAAGUUUGCUUUGGAGCUGUCGCGUACGAUUCCCCAGGCGUUCGCGUCAGAGCCAGAUGCGAUUGAAGAGAAUUUCAAGGAGGAGUUGCCCAUGGCCACGUCCGAACCUGCGCGACAACUUACAGAAUCUCCAAGUGGCGAGUCAACAAAAGACGUCGUUUCCUCGCAGGGGCCGGAGUUAUCUUCGGACGACGACAAGUGGACAAAGCUGGACUUCGUGUUCAAAGUUGGUGCUAUCGCUCUCGAAUUGAUCAGGUCCAAGGAAGGCGAGCCCAUUGGCGAUGUUGAAGCUGCCAGCCUUUCGAAGUUCUCUCUCAAUGACACCAACGUCAAGGUGCGCAUGAUCAGUGACGGUGCCAUGGAGGCUGAGCUGGUCGUUCAGUCGUUCUCCAUCCGCGACAGUCGCCAGAUGGGAACCAAUAAGUUCCGCAAGAUCAUGUCUUUGAUCAACAACGACGUCAAGCAGCAGUUCAUGGCUAGCGUAUCGAUCUCUGGUGGCAAAGACCGCAGCCUUAUUGCGCUUCUCACGAUCGACAGUCCACGUAUGAUUCUGGCAUUGGACUACCUAUUCGCCCUGCAGGCUUUUGUCAAUGCAGGUCUUGCCACGGAUGAACCGCUGGAUCUCGAGGAGGAUCUUGCAGAGGAAGAUACCGACAGUGACGACGAGCUUGAAUCGCAGGUUGAUUCGAGAGCUGUGCAGAAGCCGAAAGCUCCUGCAGAACCAGCGCAGGACGGCAUGAGCAUUUCGUUCCGUGUCAAUCUCGUAGACGCGCAGGUAGUACUCAUCGCCAACCCGGCGCUUGCCAAUUCCGAGGCUAUUGUCUUGGGCACGAAACAAGUCCUUGUAUCGAAGCAGCAAGCCAUGACACUGCAGGUGGACAAGGUUGGCAUGUUCCUGUGCCGCAUGGACCGCUUCGACACGAACCGUCUCCGCAUUCUCGACGACUUCAGUAUCCAGACGGCUUUGGACAUCCGCAACCAAGGCUCGAAGUCGUCUUUGAUUAGUAUCAACGUUGACAUCGAGCCUCUGGUCCUACGUCUGUCGCUACGCGAUAUUCUGCUAGCCAUGCAGAUUGUCAACCGCGCAUCUGCAAUGCAAGCAGACGACAGCAAGAACUUGCCUGAGGAGGGCGCGAAACAGCUGAAGCCCAGCACGCCGUCGAAGAAGGCAAAAUCGACAGCACCCGGGAGCACCACAAGACCUCGGGCAAAGUCGGUUGCAAAAUCGAAGCGAUCGAGCCAACAAGACGCACAGUUGCAGCAACCCCAAGCCACCUCAGCGGUCCUCAAACGUGAGGAAAUGCAUGUCAGCCUGGAAGGCCUCCGUGUGGUUCUCAUCGGCGAUGUGCAUGAAAUGCCAAUGCUCGACUGGCGCGUUAAGAAAUUCGGCGUCGAUGUUCGCGACUGGACAAGUGCAAUGGUCGCCGACACCUCGCUUGAGACUUUGAUCAACGUCUACAACUUCUCGAAAUCCGCUUGGGAGCCACUGAUCGAACCCUGGAGCGUCGGUUUCCACAUGGCGAAGGACCUGAACCCAGACCGUCUGUCUGUUGAAUUAUACUCACGCAAAUCGAUGGAGCUCACGGUCACAGCAGCAACCAUCGCCUUGGGCUCGAAGUCGUUUGAUUUCCUCACGGCUGACGAGGACAUUCUUUCUAAGCCUCGCGCUAGCGACGCGCCGUACCGCAUUCGCAACUACACAGGCUUCAGCCUAGACGUGUGGGCCGAGGGCAAAGAGCAGGAAGGCUACGCGGCGAAGCUUGAGGACGGCGAGGAGCAGCCGUGGCGAUUCGAAGAUCCCAUGUCGACCCGUGAGACAUUGUCCACGGACGGCGCGACUGGCAUGCUCGGCAUUAGACUCGAAGGAAGCGGUUUCGACACCCUGUCGCGUAUUCCAGUACACCGAGAAGGUGAGGCGCUGUACAACCUGCGACCCAAGCAAGACAGGGUACAGCAUCGUGUCCUGGUCGAAGUGAAGCUCGGGGCAGACAACAUCAAGAACAUCACCUUCCGAUCCCCGCUCUUGGUCGAGAACAAUACACAGAUUCCCAUUGAGAUCGGCAUGUUCAGCCCUGAGGAGGGCCACCUUCUCAAGAUCGACAAGAUUGCGCCCGGUGAUGCACGACCAGCACCCAUUGGAUCCGCAUACAUGCACUCGAUAGUCAUCCGGCCAGAUCAAGGCUUUGGCUAUGCCUGGUCGAACGAGCGUCUGUUCUGGAAGGACUUGCUGAAGCGCCCGACCAGGACCAUCACCUGCCGCGGUGAGCAGGAUGAGCAGGCCCCGCCCUUCUACUUCCAAAUGCAUGCAGCAUACGACAAGAAGGAUCCGCUGACUGGUACAUACCCGUACAUGCGGUUGCGCCUGCAAGCACCUGUGGAGGUACACAACCUUCUGCCAUACGACUUCAAGUACAGGAUCUACGACAGCAACACUAAGAAGGACUGGACGAACUUCCUUCGAAAGGGAGGUAUUAGUCCUGUGCACGUCGUGGAAUUGUCACAUCUCUUGCUUGUCAGCGUCGAGAUGCAGGAAGGGUCGUUCAAGCCUAGCAAAUUCGGCAUCAUCAACUCCACCGACCGAGAAAGCUUUAGAAGGGAGAAGGUGCUCGAGGUCAAGGACGACAACGACACAACCCUGCACCUCAACAUGCACUUCUACAACUACCCUGACGGUGGAGGCGCUUUCAAGGUCGCCAUCUUCAGCCCCUACAUCGUACUGAACCGUACUGGUCUCAGUCUGGACAUCAAGUCGCAACAGCAGCAGUUCCUGGGUGGUGGCCGAUCUUCGGGCGCACAAGGCACGUUCAGAGACGACCAGACCGAUGCCGGAAAGGCUACACCUUUCAUGUUUUCCUACCCAUCUGAGAACAAGAAGAAUCGCGCGUUGAUCAAGGUCGGCGACUCCAGCUGGAGCAAGCCUCAAAGUUUCGACGCCAUUGGUAGUACCUACGCAGUCUCAAUACCCGCAACCAACUCCAGGUCGGACAUGCAUCUUGGAGUGUCUGUCGCGGAAGGCGAGGGCAAGUACAACCUGACAAAGGUCGUCUCUAUCGCUCCGCGCUUCAUCGUCAAGAACAGGAUCGACGAAGAGAUCCUUAUCCGCGAGCCUGGGCAGUCCGACUGGAUGACGCUGAAGAAGGGAGAGCUACUUCCCCUGCGAUGGCUCAGACAGGGAGGGUCACCGCAGUUGUCUCUCUGCUACCCCGGCGUCAACAACCAGUGGUCUUCACCAUUCAACAUCUCUAAUGUCGGCAACGUGCAUGUCAAGAUAUCCAAGACUGGUCAACGCCAGAAGCUGAUGCGCAUCGACGUUCUGAUGGAGCAAGCGACGAUCUUCGUUCACCUCAGCAUUGAGACAAAGCACUGGCCGUUCUCGUUUAAGAAUAUGAGCGACCAGGAAUUCCUGUACUGGCAACAAAAUCCCAACCUCGAUGAAGACGAAGACGACCGUGGCUCUGGAUUCAGACCUAUUAGGUACCGAUUGCCACCAAGGAGCAUAAUGCCGUAUGCCUGGGACUUCCCUGCAGCGAAGAGUAAGGAGAUCGUGAUCAGCGCCAAUGGCAGGGAGCGUCACGUUAAGCUUGCAGAAAUCGGGCCCCUCAUCCCAUUCAAGAUCCCACCUGGCGAGCAGGGCGGCGGCAUGAAGGUCAUCGACUUGAAUGUUGUUGCUCAAGGUCCAACACAGACGCUUGAGAUCUCGAACUACAAGCCCUCGAAGAGCUUGUACAAGCAAAAGGCUGGUGCCAUGUCGUCCUCGACCACCACCGGUUUCGAGGUCAAGGACCAGGACACAGACGUCACUUUCAAGGCGCAACUGCGUCUCGCCGGUAUUGGCGUCUCACUAGUCAACCGUCAUCUCCGCGAACUGGUGUACGUCACGCUGCGCGACCUCGAACUGAAGUACUCCGACUCGGCCCUCUACCAGAUGGUCAAUGUGCAGGUCAAGUGGAUCCAGAUCGACAACCAGCUCUACGGCGGUAUCUUCCCCAUAAUCUUCUACCCUAGUGUUGUUCCCAAGACUGGAAAAGAGAUGGAGGCGCAUCCUAUCUUCCAGACCAGCGUCACCCGGGUAAAGGACGACUCGUAUGGUGUGAUGUACAUCAAGUACUUCAGUUUCUUGCUGCAGCAGAUGACUCUUGAAAUCGACGAGGACUUCAUCUUCGCAAUGAUCGACUUCGCCAACAUUCCUGGAGCGUCCUGGUCUGAAAAAGCAGAAGGCAAGCUGUGGGAAGAAUCGCUCGACAUUCCAGAGCCAAAGCAGGAGCAGUCUGGGCAGGACGUCUACUUUGAGCUGCUCCACUUGCAGCCCAUGCAGAUCGAUUUGUCGUUCGUCCGCACCGAGCGCAUCAACGCCGAGGACACCAUGACUACUUCGAAUCCGUUCAUGUUCGCGGUCAACGUCCUCACGAUGUCUAUCGGUAACGUCAACGACGCGCCGGUUCGCUACAACUCGCUCAUCUUGGAGAAUGCUCGCAUUUCGACAAGCGCUCUGAUCAACAACAUCAAGAACCACUACGUGCAGGAGUCGCUGCGACAGGUCCACGUCAUCAUCGGUUCGGCAGACUUCCUCGGCAACCCGGUUGGUUUGUUCACCAACAUCAGCUCUGGUGUUGCCGACAUCUUCUACGAACCGUACCAAGGCUUGGUCAAGUCCGAUCGCCCAGAGGAUCUCGGUAUUGGUAUUGCAAAGGGUGCUUCGAGCUUUGUCAAGAAGUCGGUGUUCGGCUUCUCGGACAGCAUGGCCAAGUUCACUGGCAGUAUGUCGAAGGGCCUGUCUGCUGCAACCCUCGACAAAGAGUUCCAAGACCAGCGCCGCAACACUCGUUCUCGCAACAGGCCCAAGCACGCCCUCUACGGCAUCACAGCCGGCGGCAAUGCUUUCGCCAACAGUCUCGCAUCUGGUCUCGGCGGUCUUGCUCGCCACCCCAUCCAAGGCGCCGAGAAAGAGGGCGCUUUCGGCUUCGUCAAGGGAGUUGGAAAGGGUCUUCUCGGUGUCCCGACCAAGGCUGCAAUCGGUGCCUUCGAUCUUGCUUCCAACAUGGCAGAAGGCGUGCGUAACACAACGACCGUCUUCGACCAGGAAGGCCUCGACCGCGUGCGCCUGACCCGCUUCAUCGGCACCGACGGCAUCGUGCGCCCCUACUCGCAGCGCGAGGCGCUGGGCCAGUUCUGGCUCAAGACGCUCGACAACGGCAAGUGCUUCAACGAGGACUACAUAGCGCAUCUCGAGUUGCAGAACAAGGACGUGCUGAUCAUGCUCACGUACAACGCCAUUAUGAUGGUGCGCACGAAGAAGCUGCAGACGGAGUGGGACGUGCCGCUUAAAGACGUGCAGACGAUCAGCAAGGAGCGGACAGGGCUGAGCAUCACGCUCAAGGGCGGGACGAACGGGCCUUUCAUCCCGGUCGCGGAUGAGGGUAGCCGAAACUGGUUCUAUCGACAGGUCGCUGUUGGAGUCAAUGCGUAUAAUGAUCGCUGGAACGCGAAGGGUUGA